CUCGUCUACACGGCCGUGCUGUGUAGACGUGCGUUGUCCUGUGCUCCGUCCGUGGAUGCCCUGCCUUCCACGGAAUAAACGGUGUCUAGAGGACAUGGCUAACGACCAUCCCUACUCGGCGGCUUCCGGGCAGUGUCCUGCCCCUGAGGAACGGCGCCUGUGGUCUGAGGAGACUGAAGAGAUGGCCGACUCUGCCGAACUUGACCCUCGCCUUUGUUCGGAGGACCACGUGGCCAGCGCUAGCAAGCGGCUCAAGCCGGAUAAUCCUGGCUGCCUCUCCCCCACUGCCUCUCCUGUUAAAGCUGCCACCGCACCCAUGGAGGGUGUGCAGUCUGGUAGCUCUGAAACUGUCCUGGUCGACGGUGAGGUGCCCCUGGAGGACACGCACCCAGCCGCGGCCCCGCGCCAACCCACCCGCCGCCGCCUCGACUUCCCCGCCGAGGCCGGGCUGACACCAGCCCAGCAAUACACGUGGUUUGCAUCUCUACUGAAGCAGCACGGUGAGUUGGAGCCGCUCUUCAAGGAGGGUAGGCUCCGACCUUAUCUCACGGUCAGGGACGACGUCGCCUUCUACAAGCGGCUCCUCACUGAGGGGUUCCUCGACGUUGUUUUGGUCGAAAAUGCAGCGGAGCGGCAGCACACUGUCAUCAUCCACAAUGUGCCGCUCUACAUGAAUGCCAACCUCAUUGAGACCCCAGACAACUUUCUGUGGUUAAAGCGCAGGUAUGCGGGCACGGCCCCUCGCCCGCAGCUUCUUGGAGCAGUGGUUGGCCACGUCCCGACAGAGGUGCACCUCCUCGGGGUGGGUCGUAAGGCUGUGGAGCCCUACACGGCGGAGCCCGACAUCUGUCGCCACUGUUGCCGGUGGGGCCAUCAGGAGUGGCGCUGCAGAUCGGCCCCUCGGUGCCGGUAUUGUGCGGGCACGCACAAAUCAGCUCUGUGCCUCCAGAAGAUCCAGGCGGGCACACCAGUCCCCCUUAAGUGCUGCAACUGUGGUGGUGAGCAUAACGCCCACUACCACUCCUGCCCGAUGAAGCCUAAACCAUCUCGGGUCGCGGCGCCUGACCACCACCCUCAGCAAGGCCGCCCUAGGGUUGUGUUCCGCCCUGCUCCUCUCCCUCAGUCCUCGGCCUGGGCCCGGGGGGCUCCCACAACGUCCGAGUUUCCGCCCCUGCCGGGCUCGUCCGCCCCUGCUGCCCCAGCCUCACCCACUGCCACCCCUGUGCCUCGCCAGGCUCCUGCUCCGGCACCCCAGCCACAGCCUACCGUCCCCCCUGUGCCGGCUGCCAGUCCCCCCGCUGUCGAUGGGUCGACCCCUGUCCUCCAUCAAAUCCUCGCUGCAGUCACCCAGCUGCAGGAGACGCUGGCUGCAACGAUCUCCAGGGUGGCGGCCUUGGAGCAGCGAGUCUCCACGCCCCCGCCUGUGCGUGAGCUCUCCUCCAUCCCGGCCCCUGCUCCAGCUUCAGCCCCGGCCCCGUGCCCUGCCCUGCCGUCUGCUGGUGAGGCCAUGGACGCCGAUAGUGGGGCCAGUGUGGUUCCCCCUGCGGGCCAGAUGCAGAACACCCCUGCAACCCCACCGGCUGUGGUGACUGCAGCUGCCGAGGGAAGACAGGUCCUUCACCUUCACCUGCUGAUCCUCCACUGCAGUGGGAGGCCACACUCCAGGUGCUGCUGGCGCAGUUUGCUUCCCUGACUCAGCAGGUGGCUGAGCUCCAUCAUCGGAUCACCCCACUCCUUGACCGGCAACCACCCCCUCCUGACCAGUGUUUGCUGAGUGACCACUUUGCCCUGGAGACGACCAUCCCGAUCCAGCCUGCCCCUGCUGUGUCCCGGAAGCGGUUGGCUGUCCCUGCUGCCCGGAUGCCGCGCCUCGUUGCCGAAGUCGGGGCGUGGUACCAUACUGUGAAG